AUGCUUUCCAAAAAUUAUCAUAGAAACAAGACCUCAAAGGAAGCUUUUUCUUCACCCACACCACAAAGUCCGACAAGCACCACCACAUUAACUACAAAUGAUACUGAUUCGACUAAAACCAUAAACCCUGACGCAAUUAGGCCACUUUCAUCACUGCCUCCUGCCCAUACUACUUUCUCUGCUAGAAAUCUAGUACGAACAAAUGGUCGACGCUCAUUUCCCCCUCCACCCUCACAACGAUCUGGAAAUAAUGCGCAAAAAAGUCAAAAUAUAAAAAUUUCAACUAAUAAACUCGAAUUUUCACCGGUGCCAAGACCAAAUAGCAAUAUCGUAAAUGGCAAAGAACAGCAGAAUUCUUUAUAUGAACGUUCUUCUUCAGAUAAUUCAUCAAAUCAAAUGGAAGCCAUGCAAUUCGCAAAAAGACGGAAAAAUCGAGUACAUUUCUCGAUUUCUUUUAAGGAUUUUCACAAAAUUCUCGAGAUCGAACAACAUUUUUUCAAGGGUAAACCAAUCGUGUCAAAUGGAAGAAUUUUACUUAAGGAAGGCACAUUAUUAAAAGAUUCCGGCGCUGGUUCCAUUCUUCGGAAAGUAUUUUUAUUUCAUGACAUCUUAAUAACGGCAGAAAUACUACCAGAAUACAAACAAAAAACAUUCAUGAAAACACUUGGCAAUCAAUUAAUCAUAUCACUUACGCAUUUACAUAUUGAGUCGGUAAAUCGUGAAGAACAAAAACCACCAAGAUAUCUCAUCGAAGUUAAUACAGGAAAAGUUUUUUACUCCUUUGUGUUCGAUUCGAUGAAAGAACGUGAUGAAUGGUUUAAUAUUCUUGAUGAAGCAAUAACGAAUCGAAAAGUUAUAGUAGCCAGACGUGCCAAAGAAAUGGAUCUUGUCCAACAAAAGAAACGCAGUAAUAGUUUCACUUUCGAUGGGCCAUUAUCACGAGCUUGGAAUCUGAAUGGAUCAUUCUGGGUACCCGAUGAGGAUGCAUCCGGGUGUAUGGUCUGUAAAGUCACAAAAUUCGGGGUUCUUGUACGUAAACAUCAUUGUAGACUUUGUGGUCGAGUAAUUUGUUGGAAGUGUUCGCAAACAAGAGAACUUAUUCAUGGGCAAGAAAAAUAUGUUCGUGCUUGUAAAGACUGUUUGGGCGGAGAUUACGAUUCAAAUGAUGAAGAGGAAUAUUUGAGCGGAAACGGUGAAUUCAAAAUACCGAUAAAUGGUGGAAUUGCAAUGAAAUCAAUUGUAAAUUUAAGUACAGCCUCCAAAAAUAUUACUUCAAAUAGUAAUGGAGACGAACCAACGUCUUCUGUGGAGACUAAAAGAAACUCUAUUAUGGUGGAAGAAAAAAAUAAUGCUUCCGUUGCCUCCUAUUACACCGCACCUAUCAAUGCAUCUUUGACUAAUUGA